AAAUCAGUCCCAGAUGGAGAUGUGCCUGUGGAGCUAAAUGUUUAUGACUUCCAAGGGCCUGGUAUUGCAUUAGCUAUGUACAACGUAGAUGAGUCUAUUCGGGCCUUUGCUGAAUCAUCAAUGGCAAUGGCACUUGCUAAAAGUUGGCCUCUAUACUUGAGCACCAAAAAUACAAUUCUGAAAAAAUAUGAUGGCAGGUUUAAAGACAUCUUUCAGGAGGUAUAUGAAGAGAAAUGGAAGGAAAAGUUUGAGAAGCAGUCGAUAUGGUAUGAGCAUCGGUUGAUCGAUGACAUGGUGGCCUAUGCAUUAAAAAGUGAGGGAGGGUAUGUCUGGGCCUGUAAGAAUUAUGAUGGAGAUGUUCAGAGCGAUUUUCUUGCCCAAGGUUUUGGUUCAUUGGGCUUAAUGACAUCCGUACUGUUAUCUUCAGAUGGAAAAACAUUAGAAGCUGAAGCAGCUCAUGGUACUGUUACUAGACAUUUCAGGCUACACCAAAAGGGACAAGAGACCAGCACCAAUAGUAUGGCUUCCAUCUUUGCAUGGACUCGAUCGCGGUCUUGCACACAGGCACGUUUUGUUGUUCAUUUGGAGAUAGCUUUACUUCUUGGAUUAUGUGAUUUUACUAUUUGUGAGUUGGAUUUGAGCAAAGCUUGA